AUGGGCAGCUCGCAAAUUUCCCAUAGAGAACCACCCCUUUUCGUCACACCCCCUGGUUUUCAUCCGAAUGCGACAUUUUAUGACAUGACAAAAGAGCUGGAGGUGCUACACAGCCGCUUAGUUAAGGCUCGAGCCCGCGCAGACCGGACGAUGGCCGUUCUAAUCUCUGGUGUCCCGGGAUCUGGCAAGACCCACCUGGCCCGACAGUACGUCUUUACACAGCGCGAGAGCUUCCCUGGUGGAAUAUUCUGGAUCGAUGCAAAGUCCCGAGAGUCGUCAUAUAAAUGUUUCUGGGAAAUCGCACAAGCAGCCGCGCUAGUUGACCUCCAGGAGGCCCAUGAUCCUGAGUAUCAAAAGUCCCAGUCCUAUGUGAACUCUGUCCGAAACUGGCUUCAGACACGCCAUGAGUGGCUGCUGGUAUUUGAUGGAAUUUCCUUUGACCACGAUGAUGAUAUCAAUGAGUUCCGACCUUUUCUCCCGUGGAACAAGAGGUGCAGUAUCAUCUAUACCUCGAUCGAUGCGACGUUACGGAAGAAGCAACGUCUAUUUGAGCCGUACUGCCUCUCGAUGCCUCGCAUGCGAGUUGAAAAUGCUUGCAAACUGCUGUUCAAGGACCUCGGAAUUAAAAGGCCCACGGAAGAGCAGGUUCACAAGGCCACUGAACUGGUUACGUACUACGAGUGCUUACCACUCGCCAUUCAUGCAAUCGGCCAUCGUCUCAACGCGACGGGCAAGCCAAUUGAGAAAUACCGCGUGAAGUACCAAGUGACAGACAAGAAACUCGCUGAACCAUUCCUGGGCAUCAUGAAUGAUCUCUUCCGCUUGAACCACCGACAGGCUUUGAAUCUGAUCAAUCUGCUCUCGUUUCUUGGUCACCAUGUUCCUGUAGGCCUGCUCAAUCUCGGAAAGGCCGCGAUGCUUGCCGAAAACGCGGAAAUACUGUCGAGUGCCCAGAUAGGAGAGGAUCCGGACCUCGACACCACCCUGGGAACACUUAUCCACUAUGGAUUGGUUGAGCGGACUCUCGAUAAUCAUUCCUCGUCCAUCCAGAAUCUCUCUGGGCAUCAGUCGAGUGAUGACACGGGCAUUGACACAACGCCUACACCUGGCAUCCCAGGAUUGACCGAGUCUCUGAUUGAGAGCAGCGCCGGGGGCUUCUUCUCAAUUUACCGCAGCUCAGUUGUUGACGUAGUCAAAAUGCAUAGUGUGGUGCAGCGAUUCUGCCGAGAUGAACUCAGGAUCAAAGACGAAGAGUACAAGGACGCCUUGAAUAAGAAUGACCCUGGAUUCUACGACUCGUGGUUGAUCGUUGCAACGCGGUUCCUCUGCAAGUCCUACGAGACUGCAAAAGACAAGAUGGCACAUUUCCACGACUGCGGUAUUGUCCGCGAUUACAGAGAAUACGAGACCCAUGCCUCAAGCCUAGCUGAGCUAUUUCCGAAGAAAUCAGCAAUGAGCUCACAUCCUCCUGUUCUUCGAGAGGCGCGUGAGUACCUGCGACAACUGAUGAAAAGCAUCAGCAAUGAGAUAGACCGCAUGUCCCCAAGCUCUUCUCAGGAGGCUCUUCGCAACCAAAAGUCCGUUUUUGAUCGAUCAAGCAGCUCAUCGUCAUCAUUCCCUGAAUCAUCUGCUGAUGAGGGCCUUUCACGCCAAUCCACUUGGAAUUGGACAGACUCAGGGUCUGCUCGUGCAGAAUCGCCCGAGGAAAUAAUGGCGCCUCCUCGUUUCAAACUGGAUUUGUUCCCUCCUCAUAUUUUUAGACAGGCUGGCUAUGAGUCAGAAGACGGCUACGAAACAGACGGAGAAGCAAAACAGGCACCUCGAAUUUCCCCGGCACUUUCGCAGAUAAGCCAGGAUACGGAGAAGCCGUCUCCGAAAACACAAAGUCCUCCUGUUCCAUCUGAUUACAAGGACUGGCAGGUGGUUGACCGACAUUCUAAAUCGCGGCCGCCAAAGGACAGAAUAAAACGCACCAAACGUAUUCAUCGCUUGCGUGGUACCAAACCGGCCACUCCGUUGGUCAAAGUCUCGCCGAUCCAGGGACGAGGCUCUUCAAGUCGAGUAUCUUCGGAAUCACAGGGAAGCUCUUCGAUAUUGGCUUCGGCGGCCGAGAAAGCAUUGGCAGCCGUUCGGCGAUACAGCAAUGACAAUGGCAACGGCCAAGCCGCUGAAAAUCCGAACGUCUCUGCAACUCCUGCCCCUGUUAGUAAAGAAAAUAUACCAACUUAUGCGAGCGUGGCAGCUCGACGCAUGCUCGAGGCAGAGCUUCCGACAAGACGACCGGCGCCCAUGUCUCCUUUACGAGGUCCGGAACCAGCUCCCGGGUUGCAGAUGAAACCAUCUGCGGAAUCACUCAAUGGCCAGAUAGGCUAUCAAUUUGCGUCUCCGCUCGCUCAUGAGGUGACAACUUAUGAACUGAUGUCUGAACCGUUGGCUCGAUCGACAUACAGUGAGCCCGGAGGUGACUUACUCGGUCAAAAGCUACUCCAGGUGGAGCUCCAAACUGCGCCAGGGUCCCGGCUGGACUCUCGCCGUUCCUCGCUUGCCCACAUAUACGAUCCUGUGCAAGAAAUAUCUGCUAGCACACCUUCGCUGAUGCCAUAUCACCCCGCCGCGCGGGAACUGUCUGCCAGUACUCCCACUAUUCUCCCUUAUCCACCACCGCCACUACCUUACGACGAAGAUAUCAGUAUCACAGUGUCAAGUCCAAGAAGGUCAAGUUCAAGACCGGCAGAUGCGGCCUUCCUAUCUUCAUCUUCUAGGCCACCUCCUGUGCUCCAUCCAUCUGCCAUCAUGCCCGGAGCCCAGCCUCUCCAAGUUACCCUCUCUGAUGGCCCACUCCAACGAGCUCCCGAUCCUCCGGGUCCUGAGUCCCUCACUCGCAAUUCUUCUGGAUUCUCACACCACUCCUGGGCUACAGAGCCGGUCCGUUACCCACCGCGGUUCUCACCCAUUCCAAGCUUUCAACAGCCGGGCGAGAUAACACGCAGCGCCGCCCCGGCAAUUCUAUCGCAAUUCCAGAUGACUCAACAACCGAUAGCUCAAUCACAGAUAGUCCAAUCGCAGACACUCUCCGGUACUAGCAGUUGGCCAGGUGGUUCUAUCUCAGACAGCGCCCUUCAAUCCGAUGUACUUUAUCCACAUAUCCCUCCAUCGCACCCGAGACUGGGCUCAGUGGACGAGCGACUGAGGGAGAUGAGUCUAGCGUGGAACCCUGAAGUUGAGCCUGCGCAAAUUCUUCAGUUCGGAGGGCAUCGUGUCGAUGUCCGAGAUGCGCGCCAGCGACUGCAUGAGUCUGUCAGGCUCCAGACCCCUCGCCAUGUUCCUACCUAUCAGCUUUACCACCCGAACAUAUCUGGACCCCUGAUCCAUGAUGGAAGCCAUAUCUAUGCGACAGCGCCAGCUCCGCCCCUAGACAUAUAUGGCAAGCGGCCACGGAGUGGUAGCUCGCCGACCAGACCUGAGUAUGACGGGCUCGGGGUUCGUUUUUCAUCAGUUUGA